UGGUUAUGCCGGACAUUGAAAUUGAUGCACACGGAAGGCGUGAAAAUACAAUUUCGUAAGCUAACGCCACUGUUUGCUAGCACGAUUAUAGUGUACGAAUGAUCUUUAUUUUUCGCUAUUUGCCCAUACACUGUUGUAAAAGGGUAUUUUUGGCAGUUAAUUUAAUCCUUUCACUAUAGCUAGCUAGCUAACUUAAUUUUUUGAUUUUGUCUAUUUCACCAAGCGAACUGCGGUGCAGCCAGCAACCAAUAUGAACGUUGAUACUCCACAGCCAGUCAUACCAGGGGGCUCUUCUUUAAUUUCCUCGACAUCCAGUAAUUGCAUCACUAACAACAAUGCAGCAACUAAUGUCAGCAGUAUCCCCUCGGUUGCCAUAAGUAAUGCCCCAACCUCGGCUACCAUGGCUACACCAUCAUCUGACACAUCCGUGUCCAAUGGUGUCUAUGUUCCCGGUGGCAUUGCCAACGGCGAUGUGAAGCCUAUAAUCUCCACCACACCACUGGCUGACUUUCUCAUGCAAUUGGAGGACUACACUCCUACAAUCCCUGAUGCAGUGACAGGCUACUAUCUCAACCGGGCCGGCUUUGAGGCGUCUGAUCCGCGAAUAAUCCGUUUGGUCUCCCUAGCAGCUCAGAAAUUCAUCUCAGACAUUGCUAACGAUGCCCUGCAGCAUUGUAAAAUGAAGGGCACUGCCUCUGGGAGCUCCAGGAACAAGACAAAGCAGGACAAGAAGUACACAUUGACCAUGGAGGACCUCUCCCCUGCCCUGUCUGAGUAUGGCAUCAACGUAAAGAAACCUCAUUACUUCACAUAGGAUAUUGGCAUAUGCAGUCUGGCAGCUUCUGCUGUUUCUGCACCUCAUAAACCCCUUAUGAUGGUCCUUUAGGAUGGCCAUGGAAUAUUAAUUGCAGUCACUCUUUUGUUCCGUUUUUUUUCCCCCAAGUAGAGCAUGCUUUGCUUUGUGUGAAUUUGAGCUUGUAAUAUUUUAUUAAGACAAAUAAAAUGUUCGGCAAUUACUUA